UUAGCUUGCUUUCACUGGCUGUAAACAAAUAGGGUUUAUCUGUAAUACUAGUGUGCAUCCAUUUUGUGCGCGAAACAGUCUAAUUAGCACUAGCUUUUUGUAAAGCUAAUGUAAGGCUUGCUAACGGAGGUGUGUUAGCUCGCGAGCUGCCUAAAGCUGACUUCAUCCAUGUUUACUAGGUCUACGAACAUCUCGAGGAGAUUCUUCAGGUUGAGCUGCAGCCCGUCUCGGUUUAAUGUCAUCUCGAACACUGCCCUCAAAAGAAAACCCCACUUCCUGAGAGCAGCCUCUGCAACAUUCGAUCAUUCAUCCUGUCUUUAUUCCGUGCUGCAUUCUUCCAUUUGUCAUCCAUUUUGCACCCCGCCGUUCGUUCUUUCUUCUCGUCCUUACUCUCAUCCUCCUUCUUCCAUGGAUUUAAAGACAGUCCUGGAAGUUCUUGAGCAGCUUGCUCCACUCUCAUUGGCUGAAUCUUGGGAUAAUGUUGGUCUCUUGGUGGAACCGAGCAAACAGCGUCCAGUCAAGACGAUCCUCCUCACCAAUGAUCUGACCGCUGACGUUAUGGAUGAAGCUGAAGGGAUGACAUGUGACCUCAUCAUUUCAUAUCACCCACCUCUUUUCCGGCCUUUCAAACGACUCGUUCAGAAAGACUGGAAACAGCAGUUGGCCAUCAGAGCUAUAGAAAGUGGGGUAGCUGUCUUCUCACCGCAUACGUCCUGGGAUAGCGUGAAAGGCGGCCUUAAUGAUUGGUUGAUAGAAGGCGUAGGUAGUGGACAAGUGUUGGUGCUAAGCCAGGCUCUCUGUAGUGCCCACAAAAAGCACAGAUUGGAGUUUACAGCCAGAAAUGAAGAGGAGCUCAAUAAUAUCGUGAAGGACAUGAGAAAGACAGAAAACAGCGAAACCUUUCAGUACAAUAUACUUAGGACUGAACAAGAGGCACAGCAUGUGAUCCUGAACUGUCCCAGCUCAGAACUGACCUCUGCUGUUCAGGCGAUAUCAGGAAACGCCACAGCCAGCCAGACUCUCACCAUCACGCAGGUCCAGCAGCCCCCUUUACUCGGCUGUGGUCAAGGACGGCAUGCUGUGUUGGAUGAGCCGAUAUCCAUAGCUGUGGCACUCCAGAGAAUGAAGAAACACCUCGGUCUGCCUCACCUUAGACUGGCUCUGGGAAAUCAGAAAACAUUAGAUUCUGUUGUGAAGAGUGUAGCUGUGUGUGCUGGCUCAGGAGCUUCAGUCCUGCAGGGCGUGAAAGCAGACCUCUACAUCACCGGUGAGAUGUCCCAUCACGAGGUGCUGGAUGCUGUUUCUAAAGGCACGAGUGUGAUUCUGAGUGAGCACAGUAACAGCGAGAGGGGUUUUCUCACUGUGUUUAAGGAGCGGCUAUCUGCACACCUACCAGACUCUGUUACCGUAAUUAUCUCCCAAAAAGACAAAGACCCGCUGCAGGUCAUGUGAUCUCAUUAUCUCACGCUCAUUACAUUAAAGUUACUCUGCUGAAGUACCAAAUCAUCGCACCUUUUCAGAUAUUUAACAUUGGAUUUCUGAAUGAUUUAAAAAGAAUAAACGUGAUCACUAUGCAACACUGGAAUGUCGUCCCUUUUUUGUUGUCACAUUUUUGCAGUAAGAAACUUAAACAGCCCGAUGUUUUUGCAGGUAGUCUGAUAGGAUGGUGGGAUAAUCAGACAUCACUCCUGUAGCACCGAAUCCGAAAGCCGCAGCCAUGUCCUUCUCCUUGUUACACACAAACAACUGCACCUGAGGAAGAAAGAGCACAGGACGCAGUUUAUAGAGAGUAUCACGGCUGUGUGAUUUAAUCCUGAUUACUGAGGAAAGAAACUGACAAACACACCUGCAUGCCUCGCUUCUCCAAGUGCUCAAACAAAGACUUUCUCAUAGUCAGCCUGGAGAAGGGAAAAAAAAACACUAAACCUUUUCAUUUAUUCAUUCAUUCAUCUUCAGAAAGCUCUUUAUCCUGGUUAAGGUCGAGGUGUCUGUCCCAGGAACACUGGGCAUGAAGCAGGAAUAGACCUUGGAUGGGAUGUAAAUCCAUCGCAGGGCAUCACACACACACACACACACACACACACACACACAUAUUCACUCACAAAUUAAGGCAAUUUAGAAUAGCCAAUCCACCUACUGGGGGAGGAAACUGGAGAACCCAGAGGAAACUCAUAUAGACACACAGAGAACAUGCACAGAAAUUCCACACACUAACCAGAAUAGAAUUUAUGACUUACUUUUCAAUGAGCGAGACCACAAAUCUUUUCUUAAGGAAAGACUCUUCUGGAAUAUAACUCCUGUAAGAGUAUAUACAGUUGGCAUGUUAGCACAAAUCUUUUUUGAUGAGCGCGCAAAUCUUUAGCACAUGUGUGUACACUACAUGACUAUCACGCUUGUAUGUGUUUUUUGAACAUCUCAUUACAGAUUUAGUCUCCAUUUGCUGUCAUAAUAAGCUCCACUCUUCUGAGAAGGCUUUCCACUAGAUGUUGGAGCGUGGCUGUGGGGGUUUGUGUUCAUUCAGCCACAAGAGCAUUAGUGAGGUCAGGCGCUGAUGUUGGUGAGGAGGUCUGGGGUUCAGUCGGUGUUCCAGUUCAUCCCAAAGGUGUUCAGUGGGGUUGAGGUCAGGGCUCUGUGCAGGACACUCAAGUUUUUCCACUUCAACCUUCACACACCAUGUCUUCAUGGAGCUCAGUUUGUGCACAGGGGAAUUGUCAUGCUGGAGCAUGUUUGGGCAUCUUAGUUCAAGUGAAGGGAAAUUGUAACGCUAAAGCAUGCUAAGGCAUUCUAUACAAUUGUGUGCUUAAAACUUUGGGGAAGAACCGCAUACGGGUGUGAUGGUCAGGUGUCCACAUACUUUUGGGCAUAUAGUGUGUCAGCAUGAUUAACACCACAUCAGAACACAAUUGAUAAAUAUACAGAUGGGUCAAAAAGUUCAAACUCGUGGCUCUGUAAUGCUGAGGCAUUUUACUGACAUGGUUUGGCUCCACUUUAUCCAUUUGAUGAAAUGGUCAAUUCUGGGUGUGGUCUCUUCCAGGAUGACUCCACCCCCAUCUACAGGGCAUGAGGGCUCACUGAAUGGUUCGAUGAGGAUGAAAAUUUGUAUGUAAAUCUGGGCCGGCAGAGUAGUUCAACGGUUAAAAUCUCAGAAUAAAGGGGUUGCACCAAUA